AUGGCCAAUACCCUGUUACAAGGCAACCUAAACAGGGCCAGAAACGCUCAGGACAUUUUGGCCCAAACAAUGAUGGAAAACGACGUUGGUCUGGCAGUAAUUGCUGAGCCAUACCGAAUCCCGGUCCAUCCCCAUUGGGCGGGUGAAAGGGGAUGUGGCCAUCUGUUGGCGUCGGACACGCUCCCGCUGACUAGAGUUUAUGCAGGUAGAGGGUUCGUUACAAUUAAAUGGGGGGACAUGUUUGUUACCGGCGUGUACAUCUCCCCGAGCCUCGCAAGGCCUGAGUUUGAGAAGAUCCUAGAAGACCUAGCAAAACACCUGCAGAGCUAUGUGAGCAGCCCUAUGAUUGUCGCGGGAGACUUUAACUUCAGAUCGACUUUAUGA